AUGAGAGUGCAAAAUGGUAACUACCAGGCCGUCUGUCUUCCUCUUGCUCUGUGGUUUUCUGUGGUGAUUUGUGCCUACAUUCAGUUUGUUGCGGAAAUUGGUCUUGUGGCGGCAAAGCUUGGCGGCGGUGAGCGACCGGUGUGUGGCAACCCUGGCACAGGAACGCUGUGGCGAGAUCUGGGCUUUGUUGCCCAGAGAUAUGUAGUGAAGGAUGAAUUUCAUCCCUUCAUUGAGGCCCUCCUCCCACAUGUCCGUGCCUUCUCCUACACCUGGUUCAACCUACAGGCUCGCAAGCGCAAAUACUUCAAGAAGCAUGAGAAGAGGAUGACCAAGGAUGAAGAGCGCGCAGUGAAGGACGAGCUGCUGGGGGAGAAGCCAGAGAUCAAACAGAAGUGGGCCUCGCGCCUCUUGGCCAAGCUGCGCAAGGACAUCCGGCCAGAGUUCCGCGAGGACUUUGUUCUCACCAUCACGGGGAAGAAGCCCCCGUGCUGCGUGCUGUCCAACCCCGACCAGAAGGGCAAGAUUCGGCGCAUCGACUGCCUACGCCAGGCCGACAAGGUGUGGCGGCUGGACCUGGUGAUGGUGAUCCUGUUCAAGGGCAGUCCUCUGGAGAGCACGGACGGAGAGCGCCUGGUCAAGUCGCCGCAGUGCUCAAACCACGGCCUGUGUGUCCAGCCACAUCACAUCGGAGUGGCCGUCAAAGAGCUGGACCUCUAUCUGGCCUACUUUGUCCAGACACCAGGCCUGAAAUCUGCCCGCUCUGUUAUAAACCAAACGCGCCUCAAACAGGGGGACAUCAGCCUGAGCCGGGGAGAGGUGAGGAAGGACCACGGGCAGCCAGACACUAAAGGAAACGUCUUGUUCUACGGGCUCGGUCCCAGCCGCCACAUUCCGAACAGACUGUGGCGUUCCUUGUUCACUCAGACCAGCGGAGCAGAGCCACGCAGACCUGCCCUCUCGAGCCUCAAUGCGUGUCUUCUUCAGCCACCCAAACACAAGCGAGGACAGCGAAAUCACGCCAUGACAGGGAGGAACGCAUCAGCCAUAGUCCCUCUUAGCCAGCCCGACUUCAGCGCCGCGGUGAUCGAGAGGGUAAUCAGACCCGCCGUGUUUAUUUUAAGAGCCGAUGAUCUGGAGAUGUCCAUUAAAAGCAGAGGGCAAACCAUUCAGGAGCAGUCAGUCUGGACAGGGCUCGCUAUGGGUGUGGGCGUACCAACUCUCUCUUUUCACCCUUCGUAG